AACAAAGAUGGAAGAAGGAGGAGUAAAACAGGAACUUUUACCGGAUAAACUAGUGUUUCCUGUUUUAAAAGAAAAUGACAAUGCACAGUCCGGUAAUGAUAGUCUUUCAAAUACAAUUUUAGAUCAAAUCGAUCCCAGACAAGGCGAUACUACUCUUUCCAAGAGCGGAAGCGAAGAAAAAGACUCGAAAUGCAAUCAGGAAAUAAAUUUAAGUGGCUGGUUGAAAUACAGAACAAAAACAAUUGGAGGGCUUAAAAGUACUUGGCAGCAUCGAUGGUUUGAGUUUUCGGAUGAAACGUGCAAACUCUACUUCUACAGAGAUCCUUUAGACCUUGCGUCCCUUGGGGAGAUUUCUAUAGCAACAGCAUCAUUUGAUUUUGAUGCUAGCAAUGUUGAGCGACAAGGGAUUUUUCAGAUUAAGGCUGACGGAAAAGAUUAUUUCCUUGAUGCAAGUACACGCAAAAACAUGUUCUACUGGUUGCAAACAUUACAAAUGAAAAGACGAGAGUUCAAUUUGUCGCGGCAUUGUGUCUCCAGUAACAGCCUUGUGCACAGGCGGAAAAAGAAAACCAGUAAUAUUGGAGGUCUGCUAUCGAAAGACAUGGGGUCAACAAGUAUGGCAUAUGAACCUGUAAUAGACAUGACCAGUGACUUUCCAGAAAUCUGUGUACCUGAUGGUGAUCCAGACAGCAGCCAAAGCAGCCUUAGCUCCCUACCAGGGGCCUCUGGAAGGGACAAGUCCUCUUUAUGGCCCCUUAUGAGUAUCACCAAACGGUGGGGAUUUACAGGUCGACAGAGAGAUGAAAACCAGAACACAAGCAGCUUCUACUGUGAGUUGCACCCAGAUUUGCAUAAUGAUCAUCUUAGUGUAUCAACAUCUAGCCUGGAGUCAACAGAAAGCAACAGUAUUUCUAGCCAGGGUUUUUCUACUGGGGACAAAAUAAGAUCUAGUUCACAGAUAUCUAACCUCAGUGUGGAGUCAGAUUCUAAAAAUUAUCCAAUAACCCCAAGUGUAAAAUUGCCAACAAGUGCUGAUUUGACCUCUGUUGCUGAAACUGACGGCAAGAAAAUGGAAGCAGGCAGUAAAACAUCAUGGGUUAUUGUUGAUAAUACACCAGAAACAGUGACUUACAACAACAAUAGUGCCAUUAAUAGCAAGCAAAAGAAUGAAGGUCAAAAGGGAGAAAAUUCAAAAGCUAAGAAAUUUUUGACAAGCUUAACUAGGAAAAUAAAGCAGCCAGUGAGCACCAAUGCAGGUUACCAGUUACAGACGGGUACCAGCACAGCCAUGCAGAAGGAUGUCGCGGAUUUGGAGGAGGAGCUCAAAGCAAACAGAGAAAUCAUCACUUUACUGCAGGAAAAUCUGAGUCGUCUUACCUAUGAACAGCAGCUAAGUAAUUGCAUUGCAACUGCCACAGAAGAUGAAAAGGCAGCAAUGAUAUUGGAACAGAGUGAGCGGACACAAGCUCUUAGCAAGGAGAAGAAAGUUCUGGAAGAGAUUACUAACAGUCUUCAAGACCAGUUGGCAGAAAGCAAGAGCCAAUGCGCCGAGCUGGAAAAGAAAAUUAGUUCUGUGGAACUAGAGCUUAAAGCAAGUCAUGAGCAGGUGUCCAUGUAUGAUGAGAUGCUACAUGCCAAAAAUGAUAUCAUCAAGGCUUUAAGAGACCAGCUUGACUCUGAAAAUAAGGAACGAAUUAAAUACAAGGACAUGUGCCUGGGCUAUGAAUUGCAGCACAAGUUCCUCACAAAAGAAAUCCUUGAGUUGAAUGACCUCCGGAAAGAUGACCUUGCCAGGGAGCAAAAACUAACAAUGGACAAUGCCAAACUGCGUGCCAAGUACUAUCAGAUCAAGAGCAAGUAUUUUGUGGUUCUGAAGCAGCAGAAGGAACAGAGUCCUCUCAGAGGGGCAGGCCUGGAGGAAGGUCAGGAGGUCGUCACACAGUUGCUGCAUGACGCCCUUGAAUUUGAUACUGACGACCAUGAGAUGAGACUCACUGGAAGUUUAGAGGAGUAUGAUCGCUAUGGUUUCUCAAGGAAACACUAUAUGGAUGAGGCAGAGGAUUGGGAAGAAGACUCCCUGGGUAACAAGGCUGCGGUCCUUGAAAGACAGUCAGAGGAACUCAGCACUCAGGUCAAGGAUGCGGACCACAAUGCAUCACUGCGAGUAAAGUGGGAGAACUACAUGGUGGGUCGAGGAGGGAAGUUACAGAAGUCAGUGGAGCUGAAGAACCUUAUCAGACAAGGGGUGCCCCACCUGUACAGGGAAGAGGUCUGGAAAGGGUGCAUUCAACUACAUGUUGGGGAUAUCCAAGAAAAGAAUGGAGAUGGGUAUUACCAGGCCCUUUUGCAGAGGAAGGCACAGUCUAGAGGCUUGGAUCUUGCAAUGAAACAGAUUGAACUUGAUUUACUGAGGACACUUCCCAACAACAGGCACUAUGAAUCGAUAGAGUCCGAGGGAAUUCUGAAACUUCGACGCGUGCUUCUUGCAUUCAGUGAAUAUAACAGGCUCAUAGGAUACUGUCAGGGUUUAAAUCGCCUUGCCGCCAUAGCCCUGCUGUUUCUGAAUGAGGAGGAUGCCUUCUGGUGCCUCGUUGCAAUUGUUGAGCACAUUCUUCCCCCUGAGUACUUCAGCACCACCCUAAUGGCAGCGCAGGCUGAUCAGCGUGUGUUGAAGGACCUUGUGAAGGACAAGUUACCCAGUGUGCACCAGAAGCUGGAGGCCAAUCAGGUGGACCUGUCCCUGUUCACCUUCAACUGGUUCCUCACCGUGUUCGUAGACAACAUACCCACUGAGAUGUUCUUGCGUAUCUGGGACACUUUCCUUUAUGAGGGAAGCAAGGUAUUGUUCCGGUUUGCCACUGCCUUCCUCAAGCAUUGUGAGACUGAAAUCCUGCAACAGCAAGACGGCCUGGAUCUUAAUAGACUCCUGCGGAAAAUAGGGGAAAAAAUGACCAACGUGAACCAGAUAUCAUAUUACGCAUUCAACUGGAUCAACCCUUUCUCCAUGAGAUUCCUUGCCAACAAGCGACAGCAGCAUAUGCAGGACAUCAAGAUGGAGUUAACAGAAUUGGACAAAUUACGCAAAAGUAUAAAAAGAGAGAAGUCAGUAAGACGGCAGGAAGAAUACUUAAGUGAAGAUGACCUUGACAGUUGAGGCGUUGUUUCUAUAGCAACUGUGUUACCAUAGAGAUAUUAGUAUGCCGUAUUGCAACAAAAAAUACAUGUAGCAUUUUUUGAGGCCUUCAUGCAAUAUUUGAUGUUAAGGACAUAUGCCAGACAGUGUGCCAACUGUAGAACUAUUUAUGGCAUGGCCAUUUAAAUAGGAUCGAUGGAAUCAAAAACCAAACAAUCCCAAUCCAAUGGUGAAAUUAAAAAGUUUGAUUUGUUAUAUACUUAUCAACUAAAUUUUGUAAGUAUAAGACUUUUUCUAUUUCAAAAAGCGUAUUCCAUAAAAGAUAUUUUACUGACAAAACAGGGUUACAUGAAAUGUAAUUAUAAUUUUAUUUGAUUAAUGAGAUUUUACUUGUUUUACGUUUGAGUGUUUAUUAAUAUUCUGGAAAGGGAAUUAAAAAAAAAAUGACAAUGAUAAUGAAAUCCUACACAUUUAGAAAACGUACAAUUGAUCCCUGUUAUUUGAUCACAUAUGCUAAUUUAUUAGCUCAUUUUAACACAUAGUGCUAAUGGGAGCUGUUAGCAAAUUUUGACAUCCCCCGUUCGUUAUCUUUUUCUUUAACAUCUUCUAUUCCUUGACAGGUUUUUAGGAAAUACUUGGUUUACCCUCUUAGUUGAUUAAAAUAAGUCCUGUAAAUUACGUGUGUAGGUCUCAGGAGGUUAAAAUAAAUUUUAAAAAUGUAAACUUUACAAAUCUUCUAAUCUUAAUUCCCAAGGAUCAAGGCUUUGAUAUUUGGUGUGUUACAUUGAAGUUUGCUUAAGUUUGGCGAUGUCUGGUGUGCAUCAUCAAAUUUUAGCUGGUUCCAGUCUUAAUGUCACACUUUCAUCCAAUCUUGAUGAAACCAGGUGGAAUGUUAUCUGGAAAAUAUCUAGGUCAGAAUGAAAUUCGGCCAUGUGUGCCCAAAAACUAGGUCAAUAUGUCAAAACUUACAAAAAAACGUGUGACCACUUUAGAGGUCACAUUUAUCCAAAUAACAGAGGGAGUUUUAUUGUGCAAUGUGCUCAGGCAAUUGUUUUUCAUUUAGUCUUUUAGGUAAAUUACCCCAACAAGGUUAGAGGCCACCUUUAUGACUUAAUGAAACUUGGUCAGAAUGUUUAUUUUGACUCCAUCUUCUCCAAGUUUACAUCUUGGUCAAGUGUGACCAAAAACUAGGUUACCAGGUGAAUUCUUGUUCACACUCAAAAGGCCUCUUAAGGAAGCUUGGUCAGAAUGUGUAUCUUGACAAUAUCUAGUAAUAACUGGCUCCCCUCCUCAAAGGUCAAGGUCACAUGAAAAGGUCAAAAGUCAAAGAUUGCCAUAAAGUCCUGUCUCCGCAAUAACUUUGCCAUUUAUGAAUUUAUUUUUAAAUAACUUUAAGAAAGUUCAAGCCAUUAUAAGACAACAAGCUGCUUUUAAAAUUCAUCUUGCAAAAUAAUAGGUAAAGGUAACGCAUACGAGUUUAAAGAUCAAAUUGGCCAUAAAAAAGCUUGUUUGCACCAUAACAUUAUCAAUAUUCAUUUAAGAUAAAUUUUGAAUAAAUAAGCUUGUAACUUAUAAUGCGAAUGUGUUUAUAACGCUGUCUUGUUGCCUGGACCCUGUCAUCAGCGUUAUAUUGAAGUUACAGUAUACAUAUUAACCAUGUUAUGUACUAAAAUCUGAAAUUUGAUUGUUAAAAAAUACUUCCAUGACUAAAAUGUUUGGGUCUCAGUAGUCAGUGGUUUAUUGCCAUUUCUAAUAAUCUUUUAACAUACUUAGUACAUUAAAGUUAAAUGUAAUAGUUUCUUAAAGUGAAGACUGUAUUUCAUUAAAGUCAUAACAGUAAUAUGUACUGUGUUAUGUUACAAAUAUUUUCAGAAUGAGAUUUUCUAGUCCCAAAUGAGUGUUGCCAACAGUAUCCUGUGUUUGUAUUUUAUUAUUGUUUUUUGGUAAGCAAAUGUGCAAUACAUGUAUUUGUGUUUGUGUUUUUUAUGAGCAUGUUUUUAGUGUCGAUUUUUGUUUAAAUGGGAUGUAUUGCAUCUUGCCAUGUAUUACAGACUAUAUGUUUAAUUGUUGUUUAUGUUUUGUUUUUUCCUUUCUGAUGUUUUAAGACUUAUCACAUAUGUUCUCUAUUAGAUUUCUAUAAAUGAACCUGCAAUAUCAUGUUGUAUCGAGCAAUACCCUUUCACAGAUAAAUAAAGGUUCAACAACGGUACCAGAUUAUUUAUUUUUUAUUUUGAUUUAUACAUGUAAACAUAUUAUAUAAAGUAGGGAGGAAUCAAAUAUGUAGCCAUGUAUGUGUUUGUAAACAUGUUCUAUGCAAUAAGCCUCUUUAAUCAAACAGUAUCAGUUGAUAUUUGUGAAGAUAUUAUUGUUUACAUGUGAAGAUAAAAAAAAAAAUUAUAUGACAAAUAUAUUUAGCCCAAUUGGUGCAAAAAAGUACAAUGUGACAUUGAAAUAUGAAGGCACAUGGUACCAUUUUGCAGCAAUUGGGUGAUUUGUAAAAAAUGUAAUGACUUCUUAAGGCUUAAUUUUUUAGCUCACCUGUCACAAAGUGACAUGGUGAGCUUAUGUGACCGUAUGAUGUCCGGCGUCCGUAUGUGCGUGCGUGUGUGUGUGUGUGUGUGCGUCCGUCAACAAUUUGUUUGUGUAGACAGUAGAGGUCACAGUUUUCAUCCAAUCUUUAUGAAAUUUGGUCAGAUUGUUUAUCUUGAUGAAAUCUGGGUUUGGAUUGUAUUUGGGUCAUCUGGGGUCAAAAACUAGGUCACUAGGUCAAAAACUAGGUCAAAUAAUUGAAAAACCUUGUGUAGACUAUAGAGGUCGCAGUUGUCAUCAAAUUUUUAUCAAAUUUGGUCAGAAUGUUUAUCUUGAUGAAAUCUGGGUUGGGAUUGUAUUUGGGUCAUCUGAGAUCAAAAACUAGGUCACUAGGUCAAAAUCUAGGUCAAAUAAUAGAAAAAACCUUGUGUAGACAAUAGAGGUCGCAGUUUUCAUCCAAUCUUUAUGAAAUUUAGUCAGAAUGUUUAUAUUGAUGGAAUCUGGGUUGGGAUUGUAUUUGGGUCAUCUGGGGUCAAAAACUAGGUCACUUGGUCAAAAACUAGGCCUAAUAAGAGAAAAACCUUGUAUAGACAAUAGAGGUCGCAGUUUUCAUCCAAUCUUUAUGAAAUUUGGUCAGAAUGUUUAUCUUGAUGAAAUCUGGGCUGGGAUUGUAUUUGGGUCAUCUGGGAUCAAAAACUAGGUCACUAGGUCAAAAACUAGGUCAAAUAAUUGAAAAACAUUGUGUAGACAAUAGAGGUCGCAGUUUUCAUCCAAUCUUUAUGAAAUUUGGUCAGAUUGUUUAUCUUGAUGAAAUCUGGGUUGGGAUUGUAUUUGGGUCAUCUGGGGCCAAAAACUUGGUCAAUAGGUCAAAUAUUAGAAAAACCUUGUGUAGACAUUAGAGGUCACAGUUUUCAUCCAAUCUUUAUGAAAUUUGGUCAGAAUGUUUAUCUUGAUGAAAUCUGGGUUGGGAUUGUAUUUGGUUAGUCAGGUGAGCGAUUCAGGGCCAUCAUGGCCCUCUUGUUUACUGUAGAUACACUAAAACAAACAUCCAUAAGCUUCGUUUGGUUCUUUUAUGUAUAAAUAAAUGUAAAUCAAGUGUAAUUGCCUGUUGUUAUAAUACACAUAAAUUACAUAUGAAGUGCCAUUUGUUACAGAUGGUUUAACAUUACCAUCCAUGUCUUUGUGAUAUUUUAGUACACAAAUUAAAUAGUUAUACUUUAUAAAGGUAACUUUAUUUGUGUAUAUUUGUAUGUGUUUUUGUGUUAUUUAUCACAUCUUUCGUUCUGUGUGUUAAGUCUGUGAUUUUGUUUUCUUUGAUCAGUAAUAAAUCUUGUUACAAA